CUUCUCUUUUCGACUGUUGAGAAGAGGCUUGUCUGUUUUCAAAUACGUAUCUUUUGCUCGGUUGAUUCCUUCGCGAGUGGUGAAGCCCCCGCCGCGGCACGGACUGGGGUCUCCCCAAAACAAGACAUGAAGGAGCGUUGGCUGCCUCGCUGCAAUUUUCCACUUUUCCCGGAUCUUUCGGCAAGCUGUUUCUCCCUUGUGCGACAGCUGCCCCGUUUAAAUACUUGGGACACAUUUGUCUCGUUUUCAACUAAUUUUUUUCCAGAAAGCGGGCAGCUACUCCCACGAACUACGUCGCCCCGCUACAAACCCCCGCCUGUGUAACGGCCUCUGCCUAACCGUUUCACGUGGCCCUUUUUUCAGUCUUGCGAUCGACGAAACUCAAUUUUCCCCAGGACGAGAGGCGUCACAGACUCCUUUUACCCUUCAUCUGUCGUUUUUGCGUGUCUGAAGCUGUUGUGCUUCUCCUUCUCGGUGGGCCGCAGUCUAAGCCGAACCAGCCAGAUCCGAUUUAGCAACACGUGACGCAGAACCACCGUUUUGCCAACUAUCUAGACGGCGAAGGCAAAGUCGUUUAGUGUCCAUUUUCAGCGCGAAAAUUGGUUUUUUCGUCUGUGGCAACGGAUUUUUUUUCACGCCUCUUCGUCUGCUGGGUUCCGUGGCUGCUGCCCGGUGGUCUGCAGAAGGCACCGCGGUCGGUCUCGCCCGAGCUCUUCGACUUGGUCGUGCUGGCUUGUCCCUGAAUUCGACCAGCAGUUAGGGAAAUUGCAGUCGUUUUCAGAUUCAAAUGGAUCAAGGACGGGGGAAUCUCUUGACUCCUGCUUUUCGCAGGAUCGUGGCGGCUGUAGCUUGUGCUGCAGCCGCCCUUCUGCCACCGGGGGAUGCCACAACAGUGACAAUGCCGCCACGUGUGAAGGCUCCGCCGGUCCCUAAAUCGUAUGUAGCGGCGACCCAAGUGAUUCCUUCUGGAUUCGAGUUGAUCGAGGAAGUCCCGAUCGUGGAGAAGGGCGGAAAAUUCCAGUUUGCCUUCAGAGAUGGCGUUUUGUCAGUCCUCCCCGGAACAUUGCUUUUCGAGUGCGAUCCUACUUCACGAGAGGAUGCAACGAUGAGAAAGCUGGUCGCCUACAUCCCAACAGACACAGACGCCCCUCCCUUCGUUCCUGUUCUUGACCAGGGGGGAAGUUUGCCGAUUGUAUGCGGUGCCGACAUCGGCCGUCGGUGCUUCGUCGUGGAAGGGAAGGGCCUCUUGCGCCCUCUGAAAGAUCGAGAACGAGUUUCUGUCGGAUCGUCCACUGCAGUCUAUGAAGUGCUUCCUGGAAAUAUCGGGAGAUUUGCUGCGCCAAGUCUCUCCUCACUCGAGAGUCAGAAAAGAGGGACUUUCGUGCUCGAUCAGAUCCUGGGGUUCUCCAUGGCUACUUGCGAGACGCCUUCCCCGAAUUUGUUUGGAGGCUUCCCGAAACUGACCGGCGUGGAACAGGUGGAUCCUUUCAGCCGCUCCAUUUUUCCGGUGUCGUCUCCUCGGCCUGCGUCCCACUUGCCGCCGCCCUACGUGAAACCUGGAGAUGAACUCGAGAUCUGCUCCGUGCCUCGCCGGGACCUCAUUCACGCCGCAGAAAACAACAUCUUUGUCGUCAGACCUCGAGAGGAGAACCGACAAGAAGGCGUCUCCUUCCCUGUCCUUGGAGGACCCAUUGUCUGCGUGAAGUCCGAGACGGGAGACUCCCUGGGUCACCUCGACCAAAACAUUUCCGCUGUCGCCGACGAGAAGACAGCCACCGCGAAUCUCAUCUCUCCUCUCACCCCUGUUGGCAUGAGUCACCGACUUACCUGUGACCUGGGGCCCAACGCACACACUGUCGAGACUCUCCUUCGAUCUGUGUCGACGGACAAGACGAAGCCUCUGACUCCAGGACCGAAUGGGGAAUUUCCGAAGCCGAACGUGCACCAUUUCUCUGCUCCCUUUGUCCCGUCGGUCAACGCUCCAGUUCUAGUCGAAGUUGACAACCCGGUGUCCUGGGAGCCUCAGUCCUUGAAGAAAAAAUGCAAAAUCGGCGCAAGUCUGGCAGCCCUACAGCCCCACUUAUUGCUGAAGUCGGAAGUGCCUCACGGAACGCCAGUCGAGUGCGAGGUCGUCCAUUUACCAGCUUUUCAAACGCAGGGACAACUUCUGAUGAUCGCACCCGGAAAGGGCACCGGCGCCAGGCCGCUGCUUUUGCCACCAGGCUCGAUUUUGCUGAACCAAGAAGACGACCUUCCCCCAGGCCUCUUUCAGGUCCUCGUCUACGACCUCUGGGAAGCAGACGGACUCCGUGCUGUCCUUAAACAACUCUACUAUCGAGGAGCAGACCAGCAGUCGUCAAUUCCGGUGUACGCCCAGAUGGAGGGUUCACGCAUGACUGCCGUCGGUUCGUUUCACCGGGUAAAGCAACUCUUUACAGUAUUCAGCGGGAUUGACCCGACCGCGCGAGAAAAGGACAUCGAGGCCACCGCGCCUUUCUACUACAGCUCUCACUACGGCCUGCCCGUUGACGUGGGCUUUGUCAAGAUGAAAUCCGGAGUCGGCUUCUCAGUCAAACGAACCCCCGAAGCGCUUCUUCUCCUCGAGGAUCUUCUCAAGGCCCCGCUCACUCCCGCCAGCCAGAAGGCGCUUGCAGAACUCUCACCCUUCACUCGAGAAGCCGAGAAUAUCUUUUCGCGUCUCCACCGCCUCAAGGGUCACUUCACUCGACCCAAGUAUGCUGCACAUGCGCCGGUGGUUCUUCCACUGUUGAACGCGGGGCUCACUGCUUUGUUGGAUCGGCACAAGGAGGCAGACACGAUGUUUCUUUCGGUGUACCCUCGCUCGCGAAGAACUCGAGUGACGGAUCUGCAGAUUCGCCUGAACUACCUCGAUAAGUCGCACACGGGAAUGACUGUCAUCAUCCGGAUGCCGAUGCGCCUGAAAGCGUUCAUCUCGGUUACACAUCUGGCGCCGCAGGUCCAGCGCAAUCUGUCCCUGCUGCUCGAACUCAUCGAAGACCCGCAAAGGCCCCUAGAAGCCGUGCUCCUAGGUGGCGGCAAGUUCGGCUUAUAUUCGGAGGCAGUCCGAGUCGCGCUGCGACUGCUCCGUUUGGGCCACUGCCGACCUUGUGCAGAUGAACAGGUUCUCCAGGCCUCUCCUUCCCCAGAGGUUGCUGAAGGUCGCUGUGGUCUCUGCUCCGCAAGACGCAUCGACGACAUGGUGUUUUUCGAUCUCCAUGAUAUUCAACCAUCAGUGACGACGAUGCCGACCCCUGGAACCUGGAUGAAAUGGAACGACGACACUUUCCUCAUAAGCUUGCCUCCGGAUUCGAACAACGGCAUCUACCGGCGGUAUGGCGUUGAAUUCGAUAUGCACACGGCUGUCGAUAUCCCGCCGCGUCUGAGCUCGCGCUUUAAGCUUUACGCAGGAGCGUGCAUGCGAUCUCAUCUGAUCCGGCAACUUCAGCCCUUCUUUGAGAAUCCAGGCCUGAUUAAGAACUGCCCUGCUCUGUCGAAAUUUGCCAAGACGCUUCUUUGGGGCCUGCCCUUUUCGGACGCAGCACCGAUCCUCGAGUCGUCGAAGCUGCUCCUUCAGCACGUCGUUGGUGCAUGCAACAUUCCAGAAGCGUCCUGGGCUAUCGACAGAUGCCUCGACAACGAUGGAGAUCUUCUCGGCUACAGGCGCUUGCCCGCCGUAAGACCCCUCGGCCGCACGCGCCUCGCAAAUAUCAUGCGGGAAAUGAUGUCUCCAGUAUCUUCUUGGCAUUUCUUAACUUCUCUCGCCAUGGGCGAGGAACGUAUUAAAUCUUUGCCGUCUUGCCGCCUAACAAGCGCCGCCCUCAAACUCUCCCGCGAUGCUCGUGCUGUCCUUGACGGGUCAGGCGACAACCUGCCGCCUCUCCCCUCGUACGUCUUCGGUCCCCGAAGCCCUCUGUGGGACGUUUCGGCGGCAGCCGAUGAUUUGACGGGGAGAAGGGCAAUUCUGCUCAUUUCUUCUUUCAUGGAGAUACCGAUUAAAGUACUGGAGGAACUGCUGGGUAUCAACCCUCGAAGCCCAGUUCAGCGCACUGCUCCUGGCAGCUUCGAAACGCAUUUCCAGGCCCCGAUUCUCUCCUCCGUCGAUCGAAUAACAUUCGAUCGCCAACCUCGACAGUCCGUUCAAGACUACAUUUCGUCUUGCUUCACCAAUCACCCGGAGACGUGUGCAGGCGCGUACAAGACUCUGGGAUGGCCUUUGUCGAAGGUUCCCGAGGACGACGUUGAAUUGCAGGCGUUCGACAGGGCGUUUAACGAGAUGCGUGUGCGCCUAGAUCGAGAGCCCAUGCCAGAGUCCCUUCGUACCGACUUCCAGCAGGCCCUCGCCGAGUUCGAUGCGCUGCCACCGGAGCCCGUCACCCCGACGCCCGAGCUGCCAACGCGCGAGCCCGAAGGGACACCUGCAGACCACGAAGGGACACUUGGGGAGACAGAAGGGACCUUUGGCGACACGGAAGGAACACGGGCUGGAGCGGAUGGGGUGGAGAGCGAGUUGCGUGCCCGAGGAGGCCCCGACGAGUUCCCGAAGAAGGAAAGUGAGGACCUGCAGAGGGGAGCAGAUUCGAAGACAGACGAAGACGAGCAAACAGCCGCGUCAACAUCGGGUUCUUCCGGAUCAGCGAGAGACCCUUUCACUGUUUUCGAGCUGCCGACAGCGACUUCUCCCGCAUCAGGGAAAGAUGGUUUCACAGUUUUUGAACUGCCGGUUGUCGACUCGCUUCCCUCGUCUGGUUCUCAACGGGUCACACUCUGGGGGCAAGGGCAAAUGCCGAACGCGUUGCUCGGCGCUUCUCAGCGAGCCGUUUCCACUUCUCGACGCCUCGCGUGGCCCUACAUUAACAAAGUACUCACCGCGAAAAGUGGCCCGAUGACUCGCAUGCCCUCCUGGGUGCGCACCUCAGACACAUGCCCCUGUCUAGACCCAGAGAUAUCGGAGGGAUGCCGCAUGGACUCGGUCAAGUCGACGACCGAUGUGAUCUUCCGUCUCUCGCUCCUGAUCCCCCCCGUCAUUGAGAAGUUCAUGUCUUCCCAGAGUUCCACCAGACAACUGGAGCCGCCGUUUGCUGCCUUCUGCGCUUCGGUUGGCAUUUUCGUCUCUUCCUGGCAGCAACACCUCGUUGCCGGCGGUCACGAAGAAAAGGGAGGCAACAUGGCGCAUUCGACGCUAGUGGAGCGUCUGGCACACGGUCACAAGUAUCUGUUGAAGACUUACUCAGAAGACGGGACGUCAAACCACUCUCACUGGCGUGAGCGGCGACGGAGAUUUAUGAAGUUCCAGAAACAGUACCUGUAUCGACAGUGCCGAGCGCUGAUGGUUGCCGCAGGGAAUGUGGUGUACGCGCCGUUUAAAACGAAGCGGUUUCCCGCUGUUUCGCUGUACGGAGGAAUUGCCAACACUCUGGACACGCCAUUCACGGACAAGACGAUAGCACUGCAGGGCUUGUCUGUUUGGAGCGAAGAAAUUCUUCGACGCCACCGAAACGUCUUCCGGAGGAUCGGCCGGACGGUUCUGCGCCGUCCACCCCAGGCUCCGCAGAUCGGCGCGCUUUUUGCGGCCCUCCACAUGUCCCACAUUUUCAAAGAUUGCUUCAACAUGGCCGGCGGAAUUCUGCUCCGAACCUGGUACUACAUGCAUGUUCAAGGUUCGACGCUCUUGGCGGAGGCCACCCGCCUCCCGAAGAUUGGUGCCCACCUCGCUGCCGUUGGCUUCGGUUUCGCUGGAGGCACCGACGUACGCGAUAGCCUUUUUGCGCCAGCGUUCCGCGAACUCUCCAAGGUGGUGACACCUGUGUGGGAAUCCGACAAUCUGUUUACUUCUCUAGCCGCCUAUACACCUGGAGGCGCCGCUCCUGCUUCUGCAAAUGCUUUUACAAAGUCUCGUUCAAAACGUGUUGCUCGGGUGGAGGGGCCGAAAGAGAAGGGACAGGCUGCAAGCCGCGAGACGGGUUCAGGGGAGAACCUGCUGGACCCCGAGAAAAUAAUUGGAGAAGGCGGCUCCAUGCCUGUUCCUGCGUCGCUGCGUCGAGGGUCGCCGGAUGUCUCGAGCUUUCUGUCUUUCGACGAGAACGUGGAAUAUGACAAAGCAGACGCGUCCGAGCCAGCUGAAGGAGGCAGAUUCAUCGCCAGCUUGCGUUAUAAUCCGCUGCACUUUGCGGACCCUGAUAGGGAACUGAUGAUCGUCGAGGUUCCUGUGCCGGUCUCAGCUGUGGAGCGGCGCAGCCUCGCUUCUUUCACUUCCGACGACGUUCUGCGUUUCAUACAGCAGAAGCUCGUCUCUCUCCACUCUCAGCUGAGGGCUAGGGGUCGACCAGCGGACAACGGUGCUCUUUCGAUGGUGCAGCUCCAGGAAGAAACCCGAAGAGGCAGUGGAGAAGCAGCAGCAGUCGGAGCGACUGACAGAGACUUCAGAAAGCAGUGCCACGAACACGUGGUGGAAUCCGGAAUUGUCGGUUUCCUGGCGGAUCAACUGGACAAGGACCUGUCGCGAAAGAAUGGUGUCCCCGCCAGUUAUCUGGAAAUUGGGCGUCUGUCUUUGCCCGCUUUCUCCGCUGGAAGUGUCAUUUCUCGUGCGAUGCAGAGUACAUCCACAGACACCGUCGUGGUUGUUCAGAUGCCCGAAGUCGGCGGCGAUUCUCACCUCGACCUAGAAUCCAGCACCUUGGAUUUCAGUCGUCCAAUCACUAUCGGCGACAUGUGAUGAAUUGCAGUCAGGAAAAAGCUGAAGCCUCUGCCGUGCUACGAUACUUCGUGUCUAAUUGGGGAAUCACGCGGUCGAGGAACACUCGUGGGAAGUGCAGUGCCCUUGUCACAGCUUCUGACAUUCUGUUCACAGACGACACCGUCUCUAUUGGCGUGUUCUGUUCGUGGGCGGCAGUCUGGCGCCAGUGUGAUUUUCUUUCAUAUGCCUUUUCCACUAUAAACAGCUUUUUAUGGAGCGAAACCCGCCAGUUGGGUGUCGGUCGCGGGAUGUUUUCUCGUUUUCUGGACCCUUCGGAGUGAAUCUCGUAGCUUGCUACGAAGGGCGUCUGUGUUUGGAACGGAGGCCACUGCUCAGUAGUUUUAUUUAUCGAGGUAAAUUGAUUUUUUAGCGGCAGCGGCUUCGUAUGACUAUCUGCAGGCCUUCGGAUUCAGUCCCGACGUUCGCUAGCCUUUUGUGUGACUUACUUCUUGCUCAUUUACCCAAUUACUGGUCGACCACAAUGAAACACUUAUGAACCGCAAGCCGUUCGGCUUUUCUCUUCCCGAACAAUACAAUUGG